GUUUUAUAAGAUUUAUGGGGUGCAUUCCAAGACUUUUUUACUAGCUAACAUUAUUUCAAUUGAUCAUUUGCACUUUCUAUAUAGGAUCACAGUAGACUUCAAACAUGUGGUUGAUCACUAUCUUCUUCUCUAGUCCUUGCACACUUGAAUCCACAUACAAAGAAUCUUUUUCAGCUUCAUGCAUUCUUCUCGUGACAUCUAUCCUGUCACUUGCAGCAGCAUCGACAUCAGCAUGAGUCACAAUUUUGGAGGCUCGAGACCUGCACUACUGCAAUGCCACACCUUACUUCCCAUGCAAAAGGUUCCAAAUCUCCAUUGCUUUGGCUUUCAUCUCUGGGUUUCUCCUUGCUGUGUCGUCCCAUGUCAUGUUCUGGCUCAUGGCGUCUGUAUGAAGUCUAAAAACUCCUCAAAGUGUGAUUAAUUUUGUAGCUGUAAAUACAAGUUACCUGAGCAACAGAAUCCGGAACUUGUCGAUCGAC